ACGCGCUGAGAGAGAAAAACAGCGUGUAUAUAAUGUGGACUGACCGCGGUUUGGUUUACACUUUUUGGACAAGGUGAGGCUUGCGGGGACGCACUUGGAACUUGGAUCGGAAAGCUACUGGUUUUAUACUGCGGAGAAUAGCCAGCAGCAUGUCAUGGAUUUUCGACUGGAUGGAUAAUGGUUGUGCUUGACAUGGAGAACUCCUCAAACUAGUAGAGUUUUUCUGGGAUCCACUUUUUUUUGGUGGUUGGAUGGUGUGCGAAAGGUAGCCACACCAGCUCGUUCAUCCCCCUGCGCGAAUUCAAUAUGAAGUUUUUGGAUAGAGGAUAGCCCAGAUAAUGGGCGGGAGGGAGAAUGUUUCCAAAACAUCCAAACCAAGGAGUUCUGCGUACCACAGAUGAGAGAGAAGAGAACGAGACGGUUUGAUUGUAAGGCGAGGAAAAGGUAUAAUUCGGGUAAACAGUGGAGAAUGCGGUGCGGGAAACACGGGGCUGGAACUGGGCUGCAAGUCUCUUGAUAUAAUAAUCUACCUGGAGUGCAACAUGCGAUAGCCUACAUGCUUUUAACAUAGUAUACGUCGGGCGCAAAAAAAAAAAAAAAGAGUUCCGUGGUUAUUUCAUUACUUUACCCGUGGACAGUUUUACACAGUCGCCCUGACAGCAUUUGGAGAAAUAACUUUGGAGAUCCACUCCAACAUAGAAGGAGCAUAUCAUUCACUGGGAUACCAAAGGAAACCGGAACCUCGCUGAAUGGACCUUUAACUUGGAUCCUUUUUACACAUCGAAUCCGAACCCACUUUCUGUUCCACUUUGAAGACCGCGCUCUACCUAGGCUGAUCUGAUGUCAUUCAAAAUAAACUACAUCAACCUAACAUAACCACACCGUGCCAAACUUUACACUUUGACCGAUUUGUUUUCUUGAUUCCUCCUUUUUCCCUUAAAAUUGUAAUUCUGAAUCCAGAAGUGGCUCCGAAGUGGUGUUGCGGCUCCUCGCCCGCAGCGGAUCCGGAGCUGGGAGUGUCUGCAGCGGGAGGAGCUGGCGGAGGACCCCCUGCCACACCGCAGGGACCGAAGACCGGUCAGGUGAAAAGGAUGGUUCGAUUAGCGGCAGAACUCUUGUUGCUUUUGGGACUUCUACUUCUUACCUUACAUAUCACGGUGUUACGGAGCAGCCCGCUGCACCAAGGGAAUUUAACUCUGAGCCAGGAUCAGCAGGAUACAGUGCUCGGGGAGAAUAAUGUCAGAGCAGAGAGCAGUUUGUCAGCCCAGCAGAGUCCAGGGGAGCGGAGAGGACCAGAGCAAAGGUCAGCCCAGCGGCCUGCUGCCCUCCCCUGGGCCCAGAGUCAGGCUACCGGAGGCAGCCUGCAGAGAGACGGGCCUGGGGCCUUCCUCCUGGACCUCCACAACUUCCCUGACCUCUCCAAGGCAGAUAUAAACAGACAGAACCCCAAUAUACAGGUGACCAUAGAGGUGGUGGACGGUCUAGAGGCAGCAGAGCCUGAAAAAGGCCUGAAGAAAGAGAACAAACCAGGAUGGGCUGCUCCAAACUGGAGAAACUGGUGGCAGACCUCCUCCUCUUCCUCCUCCUCCUCCUCCUCCUCGGUCUCGACCCCCCGCAGGCCCGAGGAGCAGGCUAGGGAGCCGCAGCCGCCCUACAGGGGAGCAGGCGAAGGAAGAGGAGGAGGAAGAGGAGGAGGCAGUAACACAGAGGAUAGUAACUUCCUAAAGCCACUUGGGGACUGGGAGAGGAGAGGAGGCGCAGGAGGAGGAGGCGCAGGAGGAGGCGGAGGAGGAAGUACCAGCAAGGCUCAAACUGAAUAUGACUAUAUAGACGGAGAGGGUGACUGGAGUAACUGGUAUCCAUGCAGUGUAACCUGUGGGAACGGGAACCAGAAGAGGACCAGGUCAUGUGGUUACGCCUGCACCGCCACCGAGUCACGCACCUGUGACAUGCCAUCCUGCCCAGGUAUUGAAGAUGCGUUCAAGACAGCCGCCACUGAGGUCGGUCUGCUGGCUGGAACAGAUGAGUUCAACGCUACAGAGCUCUUUGGUGUUGACACAGACAGCUGUGAACGCUGGAUGAACUGUAAGUCUGAGUUCCUGAAGAAAUACAUGACCAAGGUGUCCAACGACCUCCCCAGCUGCCCCUGCUCCUACCCCACCGAGGUGGCCUACAGCACGGCCGACGUCCCCGACCCGGCCACUCGCCGGGACUUCCGCUGGAAAGACGCCAGCGGCCCCAAGGAGAAGCUAGAGAUCUACAAACCCACGGCCCGGUACUGCAUCCGCUCCACGUUAACUCUAGAGUCCACGACUCUGGCCGCACAGCACUGCUGCUACGGUGACAACAUGAAGCUCAUCACCCGCGGGAAAGGAGCGGGAACGCCCAACCUCAUCAGCACGGAGUUCUCUGCCGACCUCCACUACAAGGUAGACGUCCUGCCCUGGAUCAUCUGUAAGGGGGACUGGAGCCGUUAUAACCAGGCCAGGCCUCCUAGCAACGGGCAGAAGUGUCCGGACAACCCCCUGGAUGAGGAUUACCACAAGCAGGUGGAGGACGCGCGGGAGUUCUAGAACCUGAGAGAUGAACAUGUGAAGGGGAUAAAAAAACUAAAACUAUCUGAGAAAUGUUUAUGAGUCUGAUCUGGUACUUCAAUUGGUGCUUCAAACCAUCCAUGACUGUUUUUUUUUAGAGUUUGGAACUAGGGGCCGUAUGAACAGGACUGUCUGUUGAUAUCAGCCAACGUGAUGAAGAGACAACAUAUCUCUCACUUUGGACACCAGGAACUGUUCUCGCCCUCACCAAAAUCACAGUCUAUAAAAGUCACGUUUCUCAUUUCUAUGACAUGCCUCAAAUCAAAUGAUAUUCAAUGUAAAACUGUAUGAUGGAUUUUCACAAUAUGUUUUCUGAUAAUAAUUCUAAAAAUGUUUGGUUUAAAAGGGAUAGCUUGGUGUAGCUUCAUAAAAAGGGAAAAUUGCUUUUCAUGUUGUAGAUUUGUCUGUAAGUUUAGUUUGUUUCUGAUUGGCUAAAAGGAGAGCCCAGGGAUUCUUCGUUGGCUUAAUGAUCAGAUCAGUAUCUCCAUGUUUUGAGUCACACCCCCCCCUAACCUAUCAGAAGAGAGAGAGAGAGAGACAUAUCCCUGACCUAUCAGAAGAGAGAGAGAGAGAGACA